AUGGAUUCCGCGCCUGAGCCCUACAGCCCUCAACUUCGUGCAGUCUUGCAAGAUCUUAACAGGGAAGUGCGGCAAUUCGACAUCCGCUUGGUCGAAGCCAACCUGACAGACGACGUCAGGGCCCUCUGUGACAGGCUGUACGAUUUGGAAGCCGAAUCAUCGGCCCAGCGGACGGAGAUCGCCCGCUUGCACACUCGUCUGCAUCGCUUAGAGGACGAACUAGGGCAAGGGCGUGGCUGGCUGAUUCAUCUUGCUGACAGGACCACAGCUUUGGAGGAAGCCACUCAGAAGCUUGCCAUCAAGGUCAGGAAGCUUUGGAACUUAGGGACUCUUUUCGCAACCACUUUGCUGAUUUUGCGGAUCCAACAGAAGCUUUUGAACCCAGGAGUAAGCUUCGUCGCCGUUGGCGGCAUCAAGCACAUUGCGCCCCGGUGCCGAGAUGCUCGCCUUUGGGGGGUUCACUUCGGGUACUUCGACUUUUCAGAUUUUGCCGCUGCGAUCCACCCCUCCUCGACCCAGCUUGUUGGCUACGUCGAGGGCACCCACUUGGCCCCCAGCAAUGUGCCUGUUCAGCAGUCUAUACCCCAGUGCUUCCCGACGGCGAAGGCACUGCCGCACUUUCAGGACGUUUCAGCAUACGCUGUGUAUCCCGCACGGCAGCAGACUCCCGUUCAGGCCUCACUUUCCUUGGCUAUACCGAGACCGGUCCAGCCCUCAACGACCUCUUUGAGCACAUCGUCAGCAUCACACCCGCCUGCUUUGCGUGCUCCGGCCGCCGGUAUGCUCACCAGCAAGGACAACCACCAGGCAUGCGACGAUCGCAAUAAGGUCCUUUUUGAACAGCUUUGCAGAUCGCAUGGGGCCUACAGCGAGGUGCUCCAUCAGCUGGAAAGCAGUCGUGAGGGGGCUGUUAUACGGUCCCGCUUGCUGAGCAAGGUCAGCGAUACCACAGCAGCCCGCUACCUUCGUUCUGUGCAGCUUUUCUUUUGUGCCUUUGAGGAGCUUGGUGGAAACAUGGACUCCAUAGAUCAAGGCUUCUUUCUUGAUGCAUUCUUCGCUUUGUCUCGAGGCUCGGAAUCAGGUCCGCUUUCCAACAGCAUCAACGUCCUCAAGGCCCUUCGUUGGUACAAGAAGCUUCUGGCUAUUGUGUGCCUGCCAGACUUAUACGGCACAGCUUUCAGCCUGCUUUCUAACCCAGCCGGACAGGAGAAGAGGGAGAGCGUACCUCUCCCCCUGGCGUUCGUCGCUUUUCUUGAGCGCACUCUUCUCUCUGGCAAGGCCAACUUGAUGGACAGGAUCUGGGCGGGAUCCUUCUUGGUGGCUAUCGGCGCCAGCCUCCGCUUUGCUGAUGCACAACACGUUCGUUGGAGCACUCUGUGCAUCAGCAACUUUACAUUGCGAGGCAUAUGUUACAGGACAAAGACCACCAAGGGUGGCUGCCCUUGGGGCCUCCUCAGCUUUGGCCUGUUUUCUUCAUCUGAGGACUGGGGCAUGACCUGGCUUCCCCACUGGUUGGGAGCACUAGACGAAGUCUGGUGCGACAUCCGCUCCCGCUUUGGGCCCCAGCCUGAACCAGACUGUUUGUUCUUCCUUUGGAGCGAGACUGGCUUUGCGCCGGCAUCCUAUUCGCAAGCCCUCCAGAAGCUUCGCUAUAUGCUUACACUUUCUGGGAUUGCACCCGCUCAGGCCGCUCAGUACACACUUCACAGCCUCAAGACCACCUUUCUUUCCUGGAUGAGUCAGUUGUCCAUCCCGCUUGCCUCCCGCUUUUUGCAGGGGCACCACAAGGCGCCAGGGUCGGCUCAACUGUAUUCUCGGGACGAUGUGUGGCCAGCUUUACGUGCGCAGUGGCUGCUGUGGCGUUCCAUACACGCAGGCUUUCGUCCGGCAAGACCACAGCACAGAGGCGGUCAGUCCCCACUCGUUGAACCACUUGUGGACACUGCAGGUUUCCAGUGGGAGGAAUUCUGCCCGGCCCUUUCUUGCUUCUCGCUUGGCAACGAUUGUCAGUCCUUCUUAGCCUUGGAGCAACAGGACGGCGACCUAUGCGAAGCUCGGGAGUCCAGCUCAACGAUUACGCGUUCCGGCGCCAAGCUUCCCUCUUGUGUUCAUGCCCGGGCGCAGGUGGAACACUUCGAGGACUCCGAUGCUGAUGAUGCAGGCCCGGCUCGUGCCUCUUCUGCCGCGACCCACGCCCCGGAGGUCGAUCCCACAUGGCAAGAUGAGUCCCGCGAGGUGCUUAGCUUUUCACACGUUGAACAGCCGCUUGCGGACUCCCUCGCUCAGCGACCCCGCCCCAAUUGCAAAGAGGUGCGGUACCUUUUGGGAGCAUCUGGGGUGGCACACUCUUGCAUUUCCCACCCCGGCUCCCGCAUGACUUGCUUGUCUUGCAGAGACGCUUCAUGUGAAGUACGAUGCCACCCCGCUUGUGGAUGCAUCUCAGAAUUUUCUCCCUUUGUUCAUUUUCCGCCCGAAUCCCGCUUAUGUAAGCGGCGGGCCUGUAUUAUUGCCUCCCUGGAUGCAGCUUGA